UCUAAGCCAGCCACACCCAGUGGGGGCUCAACACAGCCCCCCAAGCCAGGAACCUCUCAGCCGACAGCCACUGGGCCCAUCAGGAGUCCCUCACCUUCAGAGCCACCAGGAGGAGGAGGAGGAGGAGGAGGAGGAGGAGGAGGAGGAGGAGGAGGAGAGGUGGGUGACGGCCAGAGGUUUUCCACGGUGGACAUGGCAGUUCUGGGCGGCGUGCUAGGUGCGCUGCUGUUGCUGGCCCUCAUCGGCCUGGUCAUCCUCAUCCAUAAGCACUACCGUCACCGGCUCAAAUGCUGCUCUGGCAAGGCUGCGGAGCCAAAGUCGAGUGGUUAUGACAACCUGACCUUCCUCCCAGACGACAAGACCAGUUGGGCAACCGCUUCCAACCCUCAGCCGGAGUCAGGCCCUGAGCCCACCCAGCAGUCCCCUGGGUCCCAUAGCCCCAUGUCCUCCAGCCCCACGCCGCCCCCCAGCUCCCCGCCUCCGAGCCCCGAGCCCCGAGCCCCAGGGUCUCCUAAGACAGUCCAGGCUGGAGACGGUCCUUCAGCUGUGCGGUCUAUCCUGACUAAGGAGCGGCGGCCGGAGGGGGAGGGCGGCUACAAGGCCGUAUGGUUCGGCAAGGACAUUGGGGCGGAAGCCGAUGUGGUAGUCGUCAACGAGCCUACCGCAGACAGCGCCUCGGGAAGCGAGGGCAGCGACGACGACGACGACGACCUUGACCGGAAUAAGAAUCCUCACUUUGACCACGAAAACACUUAUAUCUAGGACGGCACCCCCCCACUCUCCAACCCAAGCCACUCCCUUUUCCUCUGCUAAUUAAUUAAAGUAGCACUUUCGAAUUCUCCUAA